AAGUGAAAAAAUAAUAAUUUUUGCCAUGAAUUAUUAUAAGUUACAAUUUUCUUUAUUUUUAAUAAGAAGACACUACUGUGUUAAUUCAAGUAAAAAAGUUGUCCAAUCGGUUGUCGAGCAAAAGAAAUUGAAAAACUUAGUGCCCAAAAAAUCAGUUCAAUCAAAAAUUGAUUCAAGGAAACUACCUCCACGAACUAAAAUUGAUGUUGAUACGAUAGCUCUUCUCGAAAGAUUAUCACUAGUAAACUGUGCUAACAGACAAGGAAUAGAGACUCUAGAAGAGGCUAUUGCCUUUGCAGAUAGGAUUCAACAAAUUGACACUGAAGGAGUGCAACCUUUAGUGACUGUACUAGAAGAUUUUCCUUUAGAAGUGAGACAAGAAGAUAAACCUAUAGAAACUAAUAAACAAAAAAUACUAGAAAACGCUGCAGUUACUGAAGACGACUAUUUUGUUGCUCCACCAGGGAAUAUACCGCUUGAACCAAGGGAAGAUUUAUUACACGAAAAGGAGAUUGAAAGGGAACACAAUAGGAAAUAAUAACUAGUAAUGUCUCUAAAGAAGAUUAUCUCAUUGUGCGAAAAACAAGGUUUCUUUAAAAAGCUGUCUGUAUCCUAUGAUGAAACUUCUGAUUUUAUACAUCAUUUGAAAUUAGGUCCUGUAGGUGCCAUGUUUCAAGAAAAUCUACGGAAUGAAUGGUUACAAAACAUAGUAAUUGGCAGCAAAAAUUUUAAUGUAUUUCUAAGUGGACCAUCUUUUGUUGAUACUUUUGAAUAUGCAAAGCAAAUGUCUUCAGAAAGGGCGCCCUUUGCAAUAGCUGAAUUUUUAAAAAAAGAAACGCACAGAUCUGAAAGUAAUAUAAUCAUCAAUAAUUCAAAUGAGCAAAACGAUUUUAGAAAUGUCCUUUUAAAUUAUGGUAAUAUGGAGACAAUUUUUAGAAUCACAACAUUUUUAACAAAAUCAGAUGCUAUUCCUUUUUUCCACAAAUGGCAGAGACAAAGGAAGAUAUGGUGGAGGAAAGUUGGUACUUUUGGAUCUUUAUAAUUUUAAAUUCUAAUCAAAUGUUAACAAUAAUGCUUAUUAAAAAUUUUCAAAAUAC